AUGCCUAAAUACGCAUUAAUCACAGGCGCAUCCUCCGGAAUAGGAUACAAUUUGGCUGUCGAAUUACUGAAGCGCGGAUACACAGUAAUUGGGUGCUCUCCAGAACCAGUCUUGUAUGGCCAAAAGCCAUUGGAACAAGAGUACGGUCUCAUUUCCAUCCCAUUGGACAUCACCGACAUCAACAGCAUCAAGUCUGCCCAUGCCAAAAUCAAGCAAAUCACCAAUAACCAAUUACUGAUUUUGUACAAUAAUGCCGGGAUCUCGAUUGCUGGACCUGCCAUUGAGAUUGAUGAGGAGAAAUUGGACAAGAUUUUCCAAGUCAAUGUGCUUGGCCACAUCAACAUGACGAAAUGGUUUGCUCCAAUGGUGAUCAACACCAGGGGAACCAUUGUGUUUACGUCGUCAGUGGCAGCUAGAGUCCCACUCUCGUGGGUCUCGGCUUACAAUGCAACCAAGGCGGCAAUUGACGCUUAUGCCCAAACUUUACAUGGAGAAAUGGCGCCAUUUGGAGUCAGGGUCCACUCAGUCAUUACCGGUGGUGUCGACACUGCCAUAUGUGACGCCAACGUAUGCAGUACCAUUGGCGAUUCAUACUAUGAUGUGCCUGGCGUCUAUGAUUCCAUAAACGCAUCAGCUAUGAUGAGUCGUGAUUUGAAUGUGUCGCCUCAAAAGUACGCUAAACAAGUGGUGCGCGAUUUGAUGAGAUGGAGAGAUCCUGGGUUCAACUUGUACCAUGGAGCCAGAGCGUAUUUCUUGCAUUGGGUUAGUAGAUUUUUGCCAUUUUGGUUAGUGGAAUGGGGGGUGCAGUGGCAUUUCAAGCAGGUGAGAGUGUUGAAGACGAUUGCCAAGAUGGCCAAAUUGGGAAGAUUUACAAAAAGAGAACAAUAA